AUUGUAAUCCAUUUUCAGAUCCGUCUUUGAAAAAAAGAAAAGAAAAAAGGCAAAUCAAACUACGCGAGAGAGCACCGUACUCCUCCCUCAGAAGCUGAGGCUGCAAAUCUCCACCGUUCAGGUUUUAAUCAAUCAAUCGCCGUGGAUGGGCCAGUCAGCUUCGACGGCUUUAAUCACAAGCCGUCGAGAUUCAAAUCGCAGCAGCCACCGGUCAAAAUCUAAAUUCACGGUCCCGAUCAUUCCGAUGCAAGUAGAAGAACAAACUGAAUUUAUAUUCUGCGAAGGACCUGAUUACAUCUCAGAUCUUCCUGAUGAAUGCUUAGCUUGUAUUUUCCAGUCACUCAAUUCCGGCGACCGGAAACGCUGCUCUCUAGUCUGUCGGCGAUGGUUAAGAAUCGAAGGACAGAGCCGUCACCGACUCUCUCUCAACGCCCAAUCAGAUCUUCUCCCUUUAGUACCGUUUCUCUUUUCUCGCUUCGACUCUGUAACUAAACUUGCUCUAAAAUGUGACCGCAGAUCUACUAGCAUCGGCGACGAAGCAUUAGUUGCAAUAUCCAGUCGUUGCCGUCACCUCACGCGCCUCAAGCUCCGCUCGUGUAGAGAACUCACCGACGCAGGCAUGGCAGCUUUCGCUAAAAAUUGUAAAGCAUUGAAGAAGCUAUCUUGUGGAUCUUGCACUUUUGGAGCGAGAGGGAUGAAUGCCAUACUUGAUAAUUGCGCGUCGCUCGAGGAGCUAUCGCUAAAACGGCUUCGAGGAAUUACCGAUGGCGCGGCGGCUGAGCCCGUAGGACCGGGUCUAGCUGCGGCUUCACUUAAAACUAUUUGCUUAAAGGAACUUUAUAAUGGACAGUGUUUCGGCCCGCUUAUAAUCGGGUCAAAGAAUUUAAAAACUCUGAAGCUUUUUAGAUGCUCUGGCGAUUGGGAUAAGCUUCUUCAAGUAAUUUCGGAUCGGGUAACGGGUAUGGUUGAGAUCCAUUUAGAGAGGCUCCAAGUUAGCGAUACUGGCCUUGCGGCCAUCUCUAAUUGUUUGAAUUUAGAGAUUUUGCAUCUAGUUAAAACCCCAGAGUGUACUGAUAUGGGACUUGUUUCCAUCGCGGAGCGUUGUAGGUUAUUAAGAAAGCUUCAUGUUGAUGGUUGGAAGACGAAUCGGAUUGGUGAUGAUGGGUUAUCGGCAGUUGCUAAGUACUGUCCCAAUUUGCAAGAGUUGGUGCUCAUUGGUGUGAAUCCUACAAAAAUUAGUGUAGAAUUGUUAGCUUCAAAUUGUCAGAAUCUAGAGCGGUUAGCAUUAUGUGGGAGUGAUACUGUUGGUGAUGCGGAGAUUUCUUGUAUUGCAGCCAAAUGUGUAGCAUUGAAAAAGCUUUGUAUUAAGAGUUGUCCUGUUUCAGAUCAUGGGAUGGAAGCGCUUGCAAAUGGGUGCCCGAAUUUGGUUAAAGUGAAGGUGAAGAAGUGUAGAGCAGUUACUUAUGAGUGUGCGGAUUGGUUGAGAACGAACAGGGGAUCUUUGGCAGUGAAUUUGGACUGUGGGGAACCUGAGCAUCAGGAUGCAAGUGCUAGUGAUGGUGGGUUACUGGAAAAUGUAGUUGAGUUUCAUUCAGUUGCUAAUCAAAUGCCGCUGCCUAGUAUUGCAUCUAGCAGUACUGGACGAUCAACUUCUUUCAAGUCAAGAUUAGGGCUUUUGAGUGGGAAACAUUUGGUGGCUUGCACUCUUAGAAGAUGGUCAGGUGGUAAUAGCAGUUCUCGAGGAUAAUGAGACCGUGAACCUGAAGUCUGCACUACUGAAAAAACAGUCAUUGCCCUUGGUCUCUGUGGAUUAUUUUGGAUUGUAUUGCCUGAUUCCAUGUUUUAUGUACUUAAUUUGAUGUUGUGUGCUGUUUAUUGCCUUUCCUAUGGAAUCUUCACUAUAAAAAAGUGAUCAUUUUCUUAUUUCUUAGAUUGCUGUUCACUUCAACUUUGUGUUUCUUUAUGUUGCAAGUUGUAUGACACGCUUCUGGUUUACAUGCUAAGAAGAUUCCCUGGGAAAUACAUCUAUGCAUUAUACUAUUGUUUGUUAAA